AUGCCCCUCAGGGACGGAAUGAAUACGACUUCCGAGUCGACGGAGUUCGUGGUCGCAGAAGAGCACACGAUCGCUGUAAACAAGGUCUCUCUGCACACUGCCAAUUCGCUGUAUCACAACCCCCGCUAUCUUGGAUACCUUCGCAGCGAUUCAGAGUUUCAAAAUGUUGAUCUUGGUAAAACUGAUGACGUUCUGAACACGCUAGUUGCCAUUUUGUAUCUAUUUUUGGAAGCUAGCUACCAGCGCGAACUAGCAAGUGCAUACUAUGCCCUCUAUUGGGACAACAUUGAAGGAGGAAUACAAGAAAAAGAUUGCGGUGCGGUACUCGGUGAAAUUGCCGAGAAGACCAUGGCAAGUCAUCUACUAAUGUACAUGAAAUUCAUAGGGGUGGCAUCAUAUGGUUUUUACCGGACGAAUCAGACUUUAGAUUUGGUAUUGAUGGAUUUUACGUCAGAUUUGGUAUCUAUGAUCACCAUUGCUUCUAUGGUACUACUCUAUCGAGUCGAGAUGUCAAAAUUUAGUAGCGUGGCUCUUGGCAUGUGUGGGAAGGAAAAGGAUGCAGAGCAUGAACUGACCUCUGACCCCGGUUUCGUUGCAUUCUUUUCCAAACUCCCAAAGAAAUCUCCUGAAACUGGAACGAUCCGUCUAUUUGAUCGCACAGACUACUACUCUGUCCACGGGCAGGAUGCUCACUAUGUCGCAACACACGUCUUUCGUACCAACUCCGUCCUCAAGUGUCUAGGUGCUGGAGGCAAGGCUGGUGGUCUUCCGAGUGUCACGCUCACUGCGGCCAGCCAUACCCUGGCUCGCCCAUUUUUGCGAGAUACCCUUACAUCUAAACAGCUAUGCGUAGAAAUAUUGGUGCCCGCACCUGGGCAGGGAAGGAAAGCUUCCAAAUUCAUUUUGGAAACAUCGGAGGCAUCACCUGGAAAUCUCCAAGCUGUUGAAGACCUUCUCUUUGUCAGCUCCGAUGUUACAUCGGCACCUAUCGUUUUAGCUGUCAAAGUAUCAUCAUCUUCAGUCACGAACAAAGCCAAGACCAAGUCAAUCGGCAUUGUCUUCGCGGAUACCAGUGUGAGGGAGUUCGGAGUUGCUGACUGCAUUGACAACGAUCUUUUCUCGAACCUUGAGACCGUCAUCGCUAUCUCCUCACACUGGUUGAAUAGUCUCUUGUUCAUACGACUUUCAGUCAAAGAAGCCAUUAUUCCCACUGGAACAACAGACCGCGACCUCGACUUGAGCAAGCUAAAAGCCGUGUUCGAGAGGUGUGUUGUGGUUGUGACUGAACGUAAACCAACUGAGCUCUCCCUUCCUUCAGCCCUGUCUGCACCUUCUGCCUCGAUCAGCUAUCUUUCUCUCCUUUCUGAUCCUUCCAAUCACGGGGCAUACAAGUUACGGACACACGAUCUAGCACGAUGUAUGCGCUUGGAUGCUAGUGCAUUGCGUGCACUGAAUCUGAUUGACGCCCCUGGGAGUGCUGGAAGUAUCAAUAAACAUGCAACCCUCCUUGGCUUCUCGGGACAUGGCUUAAGCAACCCUUGCCUUGCAAGUAAACGGCAAGACCUUGUGGAGACAUUUGUGGAUGAUGGAUCUUCUCGGAGAAAACUGCAGGAUGACUACUUGAAGCUAAUGCCUGACCUCCACCGACUAAGCAAACGAUUCAAGAAAUCUAUCGCAUCUCUUGAGGAUGUUGUGAGCGUAUAUCAAGUGAUCCUCAAGCUGCCUGGUUUUCUCGAGACUCUCGAAGGUGUCCAGUACAAACACAAGGAGCACAAGGAGCUUAUCGAUGAAAUUUAUAUCAAGCCUUUCCAGGCUGUCAACGAGAAUCUCGUCAAAUAUGGUGAAAUGGUAGAGUCAACGCUAGAUCUUGAAGAACUCGAAAAUCAUAAUUACGUGAUCAAGCCUGACUAUGACGAGCGUCUAUCUGGGAUGGUCUUGAUGCUGAACAUCGUGCGACCGGCAAGAUACUGCUUCAGGUUGAUGAAGAAUGAUGCGAAAGCCAUCAUGCGGAACAACAAAUAUAUUGAACUCGGGACUGUCAAGAGCGGAGUCUACUUUACAACCAAGAAGCUAAAAGCACUUUCCAUGGACCAUCAAGAGGCUACGCAUGAAUAUCAGCAAAUGCAGAGCGGGUUAGUGAAGGAAGUUGUGAGCAUUACGUUAUCAUCAGGUUCUAGCGGCUUAAUAUUACGCGACGCGCAGCAUCCUUGCCUCGAAGUUCAGGACGAUAUCAUAAGCUUCAUUCUAAAUGAUGUGGAAAUGGUGAAGGGCAGUGACAGUCAGUUGAAGGGUGUCUCGACUAUCAUGGCCGAGAUGCUUGAGACUGCUUUGAUCCUCCGAUCUGCUACUCAAGAUUCUCUCAUUAUCAUCGAUGAGCUCGGCCGCGGAACUUCAAUGUAUGACGGAUUCGGCCUGGCAUGGCAUAUUGCACCCCACAUCCGCACUUUCUGCUUGUUUGCUACUCACUUUCACGAGUUGACUGCCCUCGACCAGGAGCUUCCUCACGUGAAAAACCUCCACGUUGUGGCUCAUGUGAACCAAGAAGAUGCAUCUGCGCUGCGUGUUUCGGACCAAAGCUUCAGUAUCCACAUUGCGCAACUGGCCAACUUCACCGAAAAUGUGGUCAAACUCACAAAAUGGAAAGCUGAUGAACUAGAAGAUUUCACGACUGGUAAUUGUCACAAAAAACGUCAGGAAUCUGUCGCGCUGAUGUUUGCUGAACAAAGUCAUCGAUCACUCACGAGUUGGCAUGUGAUAAUGCCUGAGGAGGUAGUAGAGAUAUGUUGUUUUUGGGGAGAUGCCUGGACUUGGGAGGAGGAGGUGAAGGGGUAUUCAAGUUUUGUUGGAGUUGUCCCUGAUAAUAUGUUGGAGAAGCUCACCUGGAGGCUCUUGUUAAAGUCUGCCCAUGAUAAUGAUGACAAGGAAUAUGAGCCUGAUUGCCAGUCAGUUGUCAGUCAGAUCUCCAGGCUCAUCAAAAGCAUGUCAAAUGAGGGCGGGCCCGGGAGGAGAUGGAUUGAAGAUGGAGUCAUCUGGUCAUUUAUAAUAUAA